AUGUUUGGAUCUGCCUCAUUCUUUACCAAUCUUUUGAUCAAGAUGGAGCACUACAAUCAUUUGGUGAGCUGGACCAAAUAUUUCGGUUUCAACACCUAUGAGCUCAAAGUUCGGAAAGGUGGCUCCAUAGAGUGGGCAUGGUCCAGAUCCGGAAUCACCCUAAGCUUAGCUUUUCUAGCGGGCUACAUCUAUUUUUCAGCCCAAGUGCUGAACCCAAAUGCCGUGGCUCCUUACGCCAAAAGUGGUUCCGUUCUGCUGGAUAAGGGAGGCGAAUAUAUGCUGUUGUUAGCUGGGUUUGGAAUGAUUACGACCAUGCAGUCACGAUUUUAUCUUAGAAACACGUUGGUCAAAAUUAUUCAACAAUUUCUUACCGUGGACAAAAAAAUGGCAUCCCUAGGAAUGGAGAUCGAUUUCGGCUCUGAGCUAAGGAUGGCCAGAUUUGGUUUGGGAAGUUCGUUGAUUUUUAUUACCUUUUCAAUUCUCUUGGGUGUGUAUGCGAUGUAUUUGCUCGGAAAUUUUCCUGUUGGGUUUUUCGUUUACGGAGGGCAAAUAGUGGUGAGCUUCAGUGGAAGUGUCCUAGCCAAUAACAGCUAUAUGAUGUACUUCAAAACUUAUAGACGAAUUAGAGUUUUAAAUGAAAAUCUGAGGUAUGAAAAGUCUUCAAAAAACUUAAUUGAAAACUACAAUGGCUUUAUAUCAGAAAUUGCUCUUAUUUUUGAUGAUCUUUACACCCUGACGAACGAUAUAAGCUGGAUGACGUUAACAGAGGCCAUCAUCUACUGCAUAAUAGUUGUAAUGUAUGGAAUCGAAACACUCUUUGCCGCCUAUCGAGUAAUCUUAACAGGAAAAUUUGAGUCAUUCGUAAGCAGUGGGAUGCACAUGAUUUGGUGGACCGAGUACUGUUUGGGUCUUUUGACGGUUCUGGUUUCUUCUCAUUUGGUCAAACAUGAAGCCCUCGAUACUCAGGAGCUGUUGGCCGCUGCUAUGGUUUCUGAGAAGGAUGAGUUGGUUCGUAAAAAAAUGGCAGCAUUGGUAAUGCAAAUUCGCCAUAACACCCCAAGGAUUACAUCGUGGCUGUUUUCACUCAAUCUGACGAUGCUGGGAAGCGUAUUCACUUUUCUCUUCAUCAUGAUUCAGUUUGAUAAUUGA